AUGUUCAGCUUUCAGGCUGUCAUACCACCUGACGAUAUGAUGAUGACGAAGAGGAACAUCCUCCGAAAGAUCGCGACGAUCUUCGACCCGCUAGGAUUUCUGGCACCAGUGAUCAUCCGUGCCAAGAUACUGAUGCAAGAGAUCUGGGCUAGCAGUGCAACUUGGGACGAAGUGCUUCCCGUCAAACUGAGCUCACGUUGUAGACAGUGGUUCCAGGAUCUCCUUGCACUGAGCUCAAUUCAAGUGCCACGCUGCUUGCAGGCCAUUGCAGGCGCUACACCGCAAGAUGUCGAGCUUCACGUAUUUGGCGACGCAUCAGAGUUAGCGUAUGGUGCCGUCAUCUACCAACGUAUCCGCUACGCCUCCGGCGAGAUCAGCACCGUAUUUGUGUCUGCUAAGUCACGAGUUUCGCCAACUACCGCCACAAGCAUCCCACGGCUCGAAUUGAUGGCUGCUGUGCUGGGAGUCGAAAUGGCCAACGAAGUAGCCAAGGUGUUGCAGAUCAACCCGCAGAACAUCAUCUACUGGACUGACAGUAUGGACGUGAUCUGGUGGAUCCGUGGCCGGAGUCGCUUGUUCAAGACGUUCGUUGCCAACAGAGUGAGCACGAUUCACCAGGCAAGCAGCCCAGAUCAAUGGCGGUAUGUCCCUACGGCAGAGAACCCGGCUGAUAUUGUGUCGAGAGGAUGCGCCCCAACAUCGCUCACGCCGGACAGUAUGUGGUGGACCGGUCCUAGCUUCAUGGCCAAGCCGUCUGAUGACUGGCCAGUAUGA